AUAAAUAUAUAUGAUAUAUACAAAGAUAUAAACUUCCAUAUAUUAGUAUUAAAAAAAACUUCCACAUAUCUCUAGAUCUCCAGACCAAAACUGAAUCCAACGAAAAUGGAAACUGAUCCAUCUCCUUUCCUCAUUAAUAAAGAUUCUAACGUUCAUUUUACCAAUUAAGUACCGUAAGACAGAGAGAAAAUAUCUUUAAUUUAAGAAAAAAAUCUACAUGUAGAGAUAUUUUCUUAAAUUAGAGCCGAUAUAACAUAUACUACACAAACACGUCAUAUAUAUGCCGAUAUAUAUAAACAAAAGCCACACAAUUCUUCUUCUUCACCAAACCAAAAACGUUGACAACUUGUGUGAGUUUUGCAAUGAUGAGAGGUGCUGCUUCGACCGGAGUAGUAAUGGUCAUGGUUAUAAUGAUACUUGUGUUGUUAAACCAAACAGAGAGUGCUAGUGUGAAUGGUUCAUCACAAUCACAUAGAAAGUUUUGUAAUAUUUAUUUAGGAAGUUGGGUCUAUGAUAAAUCUUACCCUCUCUAUGAUUCCAAGACUUGUCCUUUCAUCGAGAGACAAUUUAACUGCAAGUCCAAUGGUCGCCCUGACAAAGAGUACCUCAAGUAUCGGUGGCAACCUUCCGGUUGCAAUCUCCCCAGAUUCAACGGCUUAGAAUUUCUGGGAAGGAUAAUGAAAGGGAAGAAACUGAUGUUCGUAGGAGAUUCACUGAGUCUAAACCAAUGGCAAUCUCUCACGUGUUUGCUCCACAACGUUGCACCAAACGUCAAUUCCAGCGUCACACGUUCCCCUUCUGGCCUCUCUGUCUUCUCAUUCCCCGCUUACAAUUCUUCGAUUAUGUUUUCAAGAAACGCGUUUCUGGUGGAUAUAGUCGGAGCCCCACCUAAGCGAGUGAUGAUGCUCGACUCCAUCUCGAGUGGUUCGUUGUGGAAAACCGCAGAUGUUUUGGUCUUCAACUCUUGGCAUUGGUGGCUUCACACCGGCCGAAAACAACCAUGGGACGCAAUUAUGUCCGGGAAUGUAACGGUUAAAGACAUGGACCGGUUAGUGGCAUAUGAGAAAGCAAUGAUGACUUGGGCUAAGUGGAUUGAUCAGAACAUUGAUCCUUCCAAAACCAAAGUCUUCUUCCAGGGUGUUUCUCCGGACCAUGGCCGCGCAAGCGAAUGGUCGAAACAAGGUGGCAAAGGCAGUUGCAUUGGAGAAACAAAGCCGAUUAUGGGAUCGAAGUACUGGGCGGGACCACACCGAGCGGAGAUGGUGGUGGCGAAAGUGAUAAAGACGAUGAAGAAUCCGGCGCGGUUAAUGGAUGUGACAUUAAUGUCUCAGCUAAGGAAAGAUGGACAUCCUUCAGUAUACGGGUUUGGCGGUCACAAGAUGCCGGAUUGUAGCCAUUGGUGUCUCUCUGGAGUCCCGGAUAGCUGGAACCAACUCUUGUAUUCUGAGUUGUUUCAUUCUUAAAAUUUUGAUGGUUAGAGUCAAAACAAAAUUCAUUAUAUGAUUUAUGUUGGUGUUGUUUUACCCAUUUAUUGAUGACCUAAACAUGUUUAUUUAGAUUUUCAUUUUCUUUUGUCAGUCAAAAUGUUUAAAAUUAGAACAAGACUCUUUGACUGGUUGAACAAUUUAUAAGAGAAGAAUUUACAAAA